UGGCUCGAGCGGGACUUGGGAGGGAGAGGUUAGGUCAGUCGACACUUUGACAGUAAUAAACCGACGCGAGAGAACAUAUCUGCCGUGCUCCGAGACGCUGUCUUGCUCGUUCCGAUAUAUCGGAGAGAAAAAUAAGAUCUCGCACAGCUUCAAAGUCAUAUUAAUCUGCGGCGGUUGUCGCGAAGCGAGUCUUUUUUUUUUUCACGACAAGGUUAUGUAAAAUCUAUCCUGUGGCGCCAGCAUCUACGGCGCGGACGUGACGUAUCGAGGAAUCGAGAUCACUUGUUCACAGUAAUCAGAGUCGGGAUGUGUAUCUUCGCUGGUUAAUAUCGUACCUUCCGUACUCUACGUACGUUUUGUGUUUGAAACAUACAAACGCGUAAUUUUGUAACCGUUCGACGCAUCGAUUAGUUGUAUUUUUUUUUUUUUUUACAAUAAACCCGAUGCCGGUGCAGUGUGAGUUCAUCGAGUGUUGAAACUGUGGUGCCGUUCGCCUAUGAAUUUUCAUUGCCGAUCGCAAAAGGGUGUGGAACUACGGGGUCUCUAGGACAAGUUAGCCGAAGAAUUCAAAACUUUAUUUCUAAAAGACUGCAGUAUCAAAUGAAUUAGGGGCCUCUGGCGGCCCCGACAUAUUCAUAAUGGACACCGUAGACAGUGCCAGCAAACGCCAAGCUACUCGCGUCUUCAAAAAAUCAAGUCCAAAUGGAAAGAUUACCGUAUACCUUGGUAAAAGGGAUUUUGUUGACCAUAUCACACAUGUAGAUCCAAUAGACGGAGUUGUUCUAAUCGAUCCUGAUUACGUCAAAGUGCGUAAGGUUUUUGGGCACGUCCUUGCAGCCUUCAGGUAUGGUCGCGAAGACUUGGAUGUCUUGGGGCUAACGUUUAGGAAAGAUCUGUACUUGGCUGCAGAACCAAUUUUCCCAGUGCCACCUGGGUCGCAACCGCCAAGACCUUUGACGCGCCUGCAAGAAAGACUUAUAAAAAAACUGGGCCCAAAUGCAUUCCCAUUUUACUUUGAAUUACCUCCUCAUUGUCCAGCAUCUGUAACGCUGCAACCUGCUCCAGGAGAUACUGGAAAACCUUGUGGGGUUGAUUACGAACUAAAGGCAUUUGUCGGCGAAACACAAGAUGACAAACCUCAUAAGCGAAACUCAGUGAGACUUGCAAUUCGUAAAAUAAUGUACGCCCCAUCAAAACAAGGUGCCCAACCGUCAGUGGAAGUUAGCAAGGAAUUCAUGAUGUCGCCGAACAAGUUGCAUCUAGAAGCAACUCUUGACAAGGAGCUCUAUCAUCAUGGUGAAAAUAUUGCUGUUAAUGUGCACAUAGCAAAUAAUAGUAACAGAACAGUUAAAAAAAUAAAAGUAUCUGUACGACAGUUUGCGGAUAUUUGUCUGUUCUCAACAGCGCAGUACAAAUGCACUGUCGCCGAGGCAGAAAGCGAUAUAGGGGUAACGCCUGGCUUCACAUUGAGCAAGGUCUUUUCGCUAAAGCCGAUGCUAGCUGACAACAAGGAUAAACGGGGCCUUGCCUUAGAUGGCCAACUUAAACAUGAGGACACCAAUCUCGCAUCUAGCACUAUGGAGGGUUGCCCAGUUGGGCCAGGUUUCACGCUGAGCAAAGUAUUUUGGUUGACUCCGCUUCUCGCCAACAACAAAGAUAAAUGGGGACUUGCUCUUGAUGGCCAGCUGAAACAUGAGGACACCAAUUUAGCGUCCAGCACGCUUGUAGCAGACCCAUCACAACGUGAAAAUCUAGGAAUUAUCGUUCAAUACAAAGUCAAAGUGAAACUUUGCUUAGGUCCGUUAGGCGGUGAAUUAGUCGCAGAGUUACCAUUCAUUUUGAUGCAUCCGAAACCGGAAGAAGAGCCACCUGAUCCUGUUACAGCAAGACCAAGUCCUGCGCACCAACCUGCUGAUGGAGAAGUACCUGUCGAUACUAAUCUUAUUCAGUUAGACGGAGAAAUGGAUACGGGCGACGAUGACAUUAUCUUUGAGGAUUUUGCUCGUUUAAGGCUCAAGGGGGAAACCGAUGCCUGACUUAGCCUACGUCGGCGUAAGCCACACACGGUAAAUAAGUGAGUAAUGUUUGGGGAAUUGACAAGAAUGGUAAUAAAAAAAGAAAAAAGAAAAAUAAUACAGAAGAAUACACUCGAUUGCAAUUGACAAACGAAGAUAUCAACCGAUCGACAAACAAUAGUUGAGGUGAAAACAAUAACUUGUAUAAAUAAACGUCCAAAACUUCAAGUUGUAAUAAUAGCAGUUACAGAAUACAUAUUUUUUAAAAAAUUUGAAAAAUUAAACGAAAUUUCAAAACUGUUGUCAAUAAGUAAUACAGGAACUGGCUGAGACGCAUGACAUGACUUAUUUUAUGCAUUUAAAUUCCAUGAUAUAUAUAUAUAAAAUUCUUAGGAUAUCACGACUAGAAUAAAUUGAUGAUUUUGUAAGAGAUAUAUGCCGCAAAAUAAAUAAAAAAACUUGAGAGUAUUUACAUUUGAUGCCUAAUGUAAAAGUAUAAGCAAGAAAAAACACUGUGUAAAAUGAAAUUUACGUUAGUCGAGUGACCAUGUUUUUUGUUGCCACAUUUGUAAUUUCACAUGCCAUGAGUCUAGAAAGAGGCAAAUAGUUUCAAAUAGAGUAUAAUAUUUCCUAUCGCAACGGACACUUUGAUAUCACGCAUAAAGAAGGCCUACCUACCAAAUAGAAAUGUAUCAUCCAUAGAAUUACAUCCUUGAAACGCAACAAAAUAUUCACUGACAGGUUAUCUACUAGGGUUCGAUUAAUGAAUCAUAGCCGACUAGAUUUAACCCAGCUUUGUGUUCGACCAAAACAACAUUUACAAAUGUUUUAUUUAUGUCAAUAAAAAAAAUUUCUGCCAUACAAAAAGAAUUAACAGAAUAACUAACGAACAUUAUAACAUGAAUUAAGGUACAACAAUAUUUUUGUAAUAAGUAAGCGGAACCACAAAGUACAGGGUCAUGUAAUUGUUGCUGAAGAAGAGUGCCACUGACGAAGCUUUUCUAUCUGGUACCCGCAUCAGCGGCUAUUUUUCACCCGGAUCUUGUGUUCAGCAACAAAUAAAUUACCAUGUAUAGACCAUUCAACAAGUAAACAACGUAUUAAAAAAUGAGCAAAUAAUUUUAUAUCUUCCUUGAUAUGGGAUUAUAUUAACUGAAGGUAAAACCAGCCUGACCAAGAGUUAAUGAUUGAAUGUGCUAACAUUAAUUGAAAUAAGGCAGUUAAGCCUUAUAAAAUUAAAUUUUGUCAAAUGUUAUGGAAAGUUAGUAAUGUUCCAGAAUCAUGGGCAUAACUGUGUAACACAUUAGUCUACUUAAUGAAGUUCAGCGUAUUCGGCCGCAGACUUAGGCUACUGAUAUCAACUUCGUAGGUAUCAGAAAAUAUACAUACUGCAGCCAUCGUUUCUGUAAAGAAUGUAAAGUUUGAUCAUAACAUCUUUUAAUGUUUGAAAUGUGACAAGCUUAUAGGGACACAUAUUUUCAAACGGAAAAUUGGUUAUUCUACAUUAAAAUAACAUGUGUUUCGUAUUUUACUAUAAUCUAUAGUAAAAAAUAUACUGUAAUAUUGUAUACGUAUUUUGAAGCUACAAAAAAUUGACGAGUAGUAGCCGUAAAUUCCUGUAUUACUGAAUGAUUACUAAUCCAAAGAUAAUGAAUGUGCUAUUGUAUAUGUAUAUGUAUAUAUAUUCGAAGUCUAAACUAAUCUUGGGAUAUCCAACAUGUUAUAACCCAGCAAGAAUUGUAAGAGGCAGUUUGAUCAUCUUUUAUUUCGUACUUAUGCAGUGUGACGACUGCCGGUGAUUAAAAACAAAACUGAAUAUAACAAAAACACCUUUUCAAGACUUCUUACUUUUCUAAUUAUAUGCAGGUGUCAGUUGUUGUGUGUCUUAAGAAUAAUUUGCUUUUUUUUAACCAGUACAAAUAGUUAGCAAAAAAUGAAUGUAAUAGUAACUAUGUCGAUGAAAUUAAAAUAAAUCUAAUAGCCUUUCGCUAUUAUUUGUUAGACAAUUUUUUUUUAAUCUGAUCUACAGCACAUCAAAUUAUACCAAAGUUUUCCCAUACACGUACAAUAUAGAUAGAUUUGAUAUACUAUUUGUAGAAGCUGGUUUAAUAUUAAAAAACGAUUGAUAAUAUUUUCAACCGUAACACUCUCAUUGCAGCUCUCAAUUUGUUGGUAAAAUUUUGCCCUAUUUGCCGAAUACGUGGUAUAAAUAGCCAUAGAUGAUCAAGAUUUUUGUAAAAGCGAAAACUGAUAUCAAAAUCACAGGUAAAUGCAUUUUACUCCAACGGAUUAACUUGCCUCCGGAGGUUCAAGAGGUUUGUUCACAAUAAGAGGUCAAAACGAACGAAAUUCUUAUGGUUUCUUCAAAGAUAACUAAAUGCCAAAUGCUUUAUAUUUCACAUAAGUUUAUUGCGCUCUAUAAAUAUAGUAAUUGGCCUAGAAUAUUGAGAGAUAUCUAUUUCGUACGAUUAUAAUUGUUGAUUUCAUGGCAUCAUUUGCUCAGAAUAAAUGGCUCUGUUGAAACACAAUGAGAACCAAUUAAUUAAUUGGUUGGUACAUCAAAUGCAUCACAUACCAAAAUCAAGUUCAUACUUGAUAUGUAUAUGGGGCAUUUCAUAUGUAGAGCUAGCGAUUUUUGUUAUGGUUGUCCUUACUCACGAUGGCAUUUAGUGUUUUUCUUGAAUUUUUUCCCAUUGAUUUGAAUUUAUUUCAAUUUUGUAAAACGAACGCAUUGGUUAAAACAGUUAAAAAAUUUGAAACAAUUUGGCAAAAUCCUGUGUUAGAUAUCAAAGUUUUCGAGAUAUGAGCUGCUAAGGGCCGACGUUCCCUUCCCUUCGAAAAAAAAUGGCAAGGAACUGCAAAAACGCACCGUCCCACCCCGACUCAAAGCUUAGAACAUUUGAUAUCUGAUACAGGAUUUUUCACCUCGUUUAUUACGUUGAGGAUUAUUAAUUUUUAUAGCUAAAUUAAAACUUAGGGAUAAUUUUAAUAUGUAUUUACUUUGAAAAAAGUCAUGACAAUUGGUUCUCUUGUGCCUCUAAUGCCUAAACCCCUGACCGAAUAAAAAACAUAUGUAUACCAACAUAUUUUCAUUCACAAGGCUAGAAUUGAUACAAGUAACAAUGACGCAUACAAUGAAUGUUAUGAAAAGUAUUAGGUAUACUGUAAUAUGAAAUAAAUAUAAAUUGAAUGUUACUGAUA